AUGCCCAUUCGGUCGCUUUCUAUAUUGUACGACCCCGUGGUUCCCCCUGACGUCGUCGUGUGCAUCGUUCUCUCGUCUCUCCUCCUCGCGCUCAUCCUCAUGCUUCGUCCGCCCAUGUCCAACGCCCCUUCCGAAUGGUGGUCCCGCCUCCGCGCACUCGUCUUCUCCCCCACCUCUCCGCGAUCUUCCGCCUCAAGCCCCGCUUCCCCCUCCGCUGCCUCGCUCUCGGCCGCGGCAGUAUCCGCGCUGUCUCCGCACACUCAACCGCUGUCGCUUUCCGCCGCAUGCGGGGCGGGGCAGCUCUCUCCUCCUCCGCGGACCGGCGCGCUGUUGCCCGGCGGACCCGACGGCGGGUGGGCGCAGAGCGACGGGUGGGAAACGAGCGGCAGUGCGCACAGCAGGGGGGGAGGCAGCCACACGACUUCCGCGCUCUCGCCUGGUGGCGGCAUGGGCGCGCGGGGAGGGGGGGGCGCUGCGGGGGUAACGGCGGAAGAGGUGGCGGUGGUGAAGGUGAGGGGGUUCCACUCGCUGGCGCGGGAGUGCGUGGAGCGCGCGGUGAGCGCGGAGGAGCGGGGGAAGGGCAGCAAGGCGGUGGCGUACUACCGCAAGGCGCUGGAGAUCAUCCACGAGGGGCUCGGCGCAGGCGCGCGCAGGUGCGUGCGCGCAUGGGUGGCGCGGAAAGGGGCAGGUCGCAGGCCACGUGCUAGUGUGGCGGCAGGGGAGCAGGUUGCUGGCACAUCUAAGCUCUACUCCGCACCCUUCUCUCUUGGGCCACUCUUUCCCAAAAUGCUCUCGAAUCUCCCCCUGCACUCCCCCACCCGCCACUUCCCCCCUCCCCACCUCCUCCCCCCCGCGCCUUCCGCCAGCACCUCCCCUGAAGUGCGGCGCUGCCAUGCUGACCUCACGCGGUGGUCUGCUGACGUCACCCAGCGCCUGUCCGUGCUGCUGCACUCUCAUUCAGCCUCCCCACCAGCGCAGCACAGGGGGGGAAAGCCGGCGCUAGGAGGCGCAGCAGGGGGCAGGGGCGGCGGGCGCAGUGGCGGGGGGAGGGAAGGGGGGGCGGGUGUGGGGGGCGUGAACGCGCAGCUGGUGGCGGUGGUGGAGGGAGAGAUCGUGGACGCACGACCCAGCGUGCGCUGGGAUGACAUCGUGGGUUUGGAGGGAGCGAAGCAGGCGCUGCAGGAGAUGGUGAUUCUGCCUGCGCUGCGCUCCGACCUCUUCCAGGGCAUCCGCCGCCCACCCCGAGGGUUGCUGUUGUACGGGCCACCGGGGAACGGCAAGACGAUGCUGGCCAAGGCAGUGGCGGCAGAGGCGCGCGCCACCUUCUUCAACAUCAGCGCUGCUACCCUCACCUCCAAAUGGAUGGGCGAGUCGGAGAAGCUAGUGCGGGCGCUGUUUGCGGUGGCGGCCCAGCGCCAGCCGUCUAUUAUCUUCAUAGAUGAGAUUGACAGUGUGCUGAGUGCGAGGGCGGCUAACGAGCACGAGGCGAGUCGGCGGCUCAAGACGGAGUUCCUGCUGCAGUUCGAUGGGGUGCUCACUGCCCAAUCCGACCAUGUCGUUGUCAUCGGAGCCACCAACCGCCCCCAGGAGCUGGAUGAGGCUGUGCUGCGCCGACUGGUGAAGCGCAUCUUCAUUCCUCUGCCCGAUGCUGCAGCGCGCACGGCACUCUUGCGCCACCUCACACGAGGCCGUGACUUCGCCAUCUCAGAUGCUGACAUGCACCGCAUUGUCUCUCUCACUCAAGGAUACUCAGCGAGUGACCUGAAGGCACUAUGCCAGGAAGCGGCCAUGGGGCCUAUCAGAGAGCUGGGAGGCCGCAUAGCCACAGCCAGCGCUCAUGAGGUGCGGGCGGUGCGGGCGAGUGACAUGCACGCAGCGCUCUCUGUCAUCCGUGCCACCUGCUCACCUGACCGCCUCGAAGCCAUGCACCAGUGGUCUGUUGACUUUGGAGCUGCUCUUUGA